AUGCUGACCAUUGUUUCAGAGGACUGCUCAUUCAGUCGAAAUGGCGUUCACCUCUUCGGGAAUAUUUCCACCUCGAUGCACGCCGUUGAACUUCACCUACACAAUACCAUGUUUGUUCUAUUCCGCGGAAAUUCUCUUGCUUACAAUCGUGGCGGUCUUCUGAUGUCGGCAAGGUCGUCGUCCGCUGUCGCUCGCCUGAAUGCUGUUGUAAAAAACAACCUGUUCUCCUGGAACAGUAACAGCACAACUAUUGCCCUCUAUGGCAACAACUAUCAGAUGGUUACCAUGCUUAACAAUAUUGUCUCACACAACUACGCCCUCUAUCACGAUACCGUCAGAAUACUCGACAUGUCAGUGAAUAUGUCUAGAAACAUCUUCUACGGCAAUGUAGGACUGCACACAGUUGACUCAAAAGGAUACUCCCGUAUAUCAUCGGAAGCUCAGACGUUCCUCUACAACAACUUCGAAGAGAAUAUCGCCCUUGGUCAUGGCCAUCAGUACAUGGAACAAUUUGGUUAUCUGCCUGAGAAAGAGCACGAUGAGUUUCUUCGAAGGCCGAGGCGGCAGGUCAGUACCCACUACCCUUUGCAUUUGGUUUCCCUCAAGAGGCGUUCUUAUCCGCCAAAGGAUAUUGCUACUGUGAUCACCCAGGAGGGUGUUUCAUUCGAUUGGUGGACCCAUGUUGGAACAGAAAGUGAGCGAUAUCGCAGUACUAUACUGGCGGGGAGUUCUCAGCAGCACUACAGAGGUAACGUGCUCAACAACAGAAAGAAUCCUUACGAACUUACAACGUCUAAACGAACCCAGUACGAUAUCGGCUCGAUAGAUGCUCGACUCAACUACUGGGGCUAUCCGGGUGUUGAGAGCGUUGCGGCUGGAAAAAUUCGCGAUUUUUCUGAUUAUCCAUAUCUUAUCAAGGUGGACUAUCAGCCAGUGCUUGAGUCGAAUUCUUCUCUCAUCGAAGGUGAUUGCCCAGCUGGAUGGUUUCUGGCAGGACAUGAAGAGUUCAAAUCAUGUUUUCUGUUUGUUGGAGCGGCAGCUACUUACGCUGACGCGACAUUGUAUUGUGAGGCGAUGGAUGCUUUCGUGCCAUAUCUACGAACAGAUGAUCCUCGUCAAAAGGAAAUAGCUCGUCGGAUUGAUCAGUUCAAUCAGCAGUACCUCACCGAUGCUGAGAGAUUUGAUGCAUUUGCUAGUCGCUCAGACACAAUUGUCUGGAUCUCUUCAGUAUCAAUUCCAUCUACACAAUGUGGCUGGUUGAGCUCGAGAACGGGCAAAGUUGGCUCACAAAAUUGCAAUAACCUGAUGUCAUUCGUCUGUGAAAAAGGAACCCAACCAUACAUCGAGCCAGUGAUGUGGCGUGCUGGAAUCGUGAUAGCAGUGGUUUUGAUUUCAAUACUGGUAGCGAUCCUAUUCCUACUUGCCUUAUGUUGGUGCAUCAAGUCACGAAAAAGGAACGAGGACAGCAUCGAGCGGAAGAACAUCAUUAGAGCCAGUAUCAAAUUGCAGAGGAAAGCAUCGGCUCCUCAUCGCAAGCAACCCCCAUCCCAUCAGUCAGCCAAGGCUACUCUCAGUUCUUCCACCAUCAACGCUUAUGGGGAUCCGUUCAUCACCACUAGAGGGACGGCAUCAUAUACUACUUACUCGAAGUCUAAACCAUCUACUACAGAUGUCUCAUCUGAAGGAUACUAUAGUGGCAGAGUUUCUGUGAGGCAUAAAGUAUCCACGAAUCCUAAUCCUUACGAGGAGAUUCCCACGAUGAACACCUUCCAACCACUGCAGCGCGAAGGUGUGCGUGUGCGAGACACACGCAGUGAUACCUCAUGCUCUUCUACGAUCACUGGCCCAUGUUCUACGUGCCCUACAGAAUCAGAAAGAGACUCAACGCUGACGGACGGCUCUUGGAGUGAGCAGUCGUCGACGGCUUCGGAGAGUACUGUGCAAAACCGAUGCCUUAUCCCACCAAAGCCAGAACCACCACGACGAUAUGAGCCGCAACCCCAACGUCUCAACCCGAGCCGUUCAAAUCCAAAUCUUCAGACCUUUGCCGCAACUAAUCAGUAUCGGCCAGUACCGGCACAGCCGCCCUCCAUUCCGGCUCAGAAACUUCCCACAGCCCCUCAGAGUUCGUUCGUGGAUCUUUAUAACCCACUAGCAGAGCAAUCUAGGAAACCUGGCGGAUUCGGAACUAACAAACCCGUGAUAGAAACUGCUAUGUGA